AUACAAGGCAAGGAACAAUAACAACACAGAAAAGCCUGAUGGCUGGUGGUUUGGAAAGCAAAGUAGCACGCUCUCAUGUCUUUUUUAUUUCCCCACAUCUAUGAUCUAUAUCUGGUGCAAUCUAUAUUCCACAAUAGAGGGUCAAGAAUUUCUUCCUCUCAUCCUCUGUGUUGAAUUGAAUCAGCUUCACCAAAAUGGCCAUGAGCAACAAUGUUAUUGGAUCCAUCAACUUGGUCGCCAUGCUCCUCUCAAUCCCAAUUAUCGGUGCCGGGAUCUGGCUUGCAACAGAAACUGACAACUCUUGCGUUAAGAUUCUUCAAUGGCCGGUCAUCAUUCUGGCCAUCUUGAUCUUAGUUGUAGCUGCUGCAGGAUUCAUAGGAGGCUUCUGGCGCAUCCCGUGGCUCCUUUUCUUCUAUCUCAUCUUCAUGCUCGUUCUGAUAAUACUACUGGCAGCUCUAGUCAUAUUCAUCUACUCGGUUACCGCAAGGGGCUCUGGUCACCUUGCUCCUAACAGGGCUUACUUAGAAUAUCAUCUGGAUGACUAUUCAGGAUGGUUGCGUCGAAGGGUGCAAAGUUCUUACAAGUGGAAUCGGAUCAAGAAUUGCCUUAGCUCAACAAGCAUAUGUGCAGGGCUGAACCAGAGUUUCCAUCUUGCUCAGGAUUUCUUCAAUGCACCCAUUAGCCCAAUACAGUCGGGAUGCUGCAAACCACCGACGGCAUGUGGAUACACAUUCGUGAAUCCUACGUAUUGGAUUAGCCCCAUAAACACGGUGGCUGAUAUGGAUUGCCUGCAGUGGAGCAACGAUCAAACAAAGCUUUGCUAUGCCUGUGAUUCAUGCAAAGCAGGAUUACUGGAAAAUCUGAAGAAGGAAUGGAGAAGAGCAGACAUCAUUCUACUCAUCACUCUUAUUGCCUUAAUAUCGGUAUACGUGAUAGGGUUUUGUGCCUUCAGGAAUGCCAAAACAGAACAACUGUUUCGCAAAUAUAAGCAAGGUUAUACCUAGUUAACUAAUUAGAAUAGAAUCUCUACUUUACGUAGUUGCAUGGAUUCUCACUGAGGUUUUGUGUGGAUGACUGUUUGGUUAUCUAUAUAUUCAAUGAUGUAUUAGAGGUUCUUUUGUCUUUGUAUUUCGUAUUUUAUUUAUAGGGGUGCGGUGUUUGAUGUGCUUUGUUCCUUAACUGAAUUGAAUUCAA